AAUGGCAUCUUUCCAAGAAGUUGCGAUGGCCGAUUGGGCGCCCACCUCUAUUUGUCAACUCUACUCUGCAGCCAAGUGUCAACCUGGCGACUUCCGCCUCACCCCUCUUCUCCUUCCUUCUCUCCACUGCUAUUCCAACAACCCGCCUUCUUCCUUCUCCAGAAACAACACUCUCUUCUUUCGAUCUCUGGUUUCAUGAGAUAAUUACAGCAACAACGAUGACUACCCCACGAAGCUUCCUGUUCUUUUUACUAUUAUCUCUGGUGAAUUUUUCGGUUGCACAGAAAAACGGCACCGUUUCCUGCCCUCUUGACUUCUCGGUCAUGCGCCGGGUGGCUGACUCCAUUGACGGACAGACUACCGAAACUUGCCGCUAUAUCCUCCAAGGACUGCGAUUCGUCGAGUCUCACUACCUUCGGCGUACCGGGUCGUUCCUUCCUCCGCUCAAUUCGUCUGAAUCUUGCUGGGUUGCGUACCAGUCGGUCAUCGACGAUGUUUUCCCGGGCUUCAAUAUCCGCUCCUCCUGCGGGUUCCAGACUAGUUGGAUAUCACAGGGUUGCAUGAAUAUCACGACCAGGUCUCAGUUUGAAACUCUAAUCCCUGAUUCUACGCUCAGCGACGUCGUUUCGAGAUGCAACCAGUCGCUGGAGAAUAGUUCCCCUUGCGCCGCGUGUACAACCAGCUUGUCCAGCCUCCAGGCUUCGUUUCUCUCCGGGAAUUCUGUCGGAAACGUCUCCGACUGCACGGCCUACCCGUCAAUCUACGCGGCGGCUAUUGUCAACUCGUUUGGUCCCGACGAUGCAGGUACUGUAAAAUGCUUGUUUUCGCUUGAUUUGGGGGGUAAUCAUUCUGGUGGUAAGAAGAAAAAAGUGGUGAUAAUGGCUGCUUUGAUUGCUGGUGGUGGGUUGGUGGUGAUUGUUGGUGGGUUCUGGUUUUUAUGGCGAAAACGUUUGGAUUCCAAGAAGAGAAGGCGGAAGGGAGAGAGGGUGGGUAAUGUGGAGACUGGUUUGGAUAAUGGGUUGAGCUCCAUUACUGAGAAUUCUACUUUAGUGAAGUUCACUUUUGAUGAAAUCAAGAAAGCUACUAGGAAUUUCUCAAGAGAGAACAUUAUAGGGAAAGGAGGGUAUGGGAAUGUGUACAAGGGUGAGUUGCCUGAUGGGACUGAAAUUGCAGUUAAAAGAUUCAAAAACUGCUCAGCCACUGGUGAUGCCAGUUUCAGUCAUGAAGUUGAGGUGAUUGCAAGUGUUAGACAUGUUAAUCUUGUGGCUUUGAGAGGAUACUGUACUGCUACUACUUCCUUUGAGGGUCACCAGAGGAUAAUUGUCUGUGAUUUGGUGAAGAAUGGUAGUCUUUAUGAUCACUUGUUUGGGUCUCAGGGUAGGAAACUUACUUGGCCAAUGAGGCAAAAGAUUGCUCUUGGUACAGCAAGAGGGUUAGCUUAUUUACAUUAUGGAGCACAACCAGCCAUAAUUCACAGAGAUAUUAAAGCAAGCAACAUACUUUUAGACGACAGGUUUGAGGCUAAAGUAGCAGAUUUUGGUCUUGCAAAGUUUACACCUGAAGGAAUGACACAUUUGAGCACCCGGGUGGCAGGCACAAUGGGCUAUGUUGCUCCUGAGUAUGCCUUGUAUGGUCAAUUGACAGAGAGGAGUGAUGUGUAUAGUUUUGGUGUUUUGCUUCUUGAGCUUUUGAGUGGAAGAAAGGCGUUGCAGAUGGAAGCUGAGAGCCAACCAUUGCUGGUGACUGACUGGGCUUGGUCAUUGGUGAGGGAAGGAAGAGUUUUGGAUGUAAUUGAAGAUGGGAUGCCGGAACCUGCUGUACCGGAAGUAUUGGAGAAGUAUGUGUUGGUUGCGGUUCUUUGUUCUCAUCCUGUGUUAUAUGCUAGACCCACAAUGGAUCAAGUUUUGAAAAUGUUGGAGACUGAUUUGUCACUUCCCUCAAUCCCUGAACGCCCAAUUCCUUUGGUUUCUGAUAUUUAUGAUAUUGAGCGGUCUGUUGGCAGUAAUGGCUCUGGUCAGCUGUUUAGUCCUACUGGCUAUCAGUCCUUUACAUUCGAAGCUGAUCAUUCAUUUGGGCGGAAGGAAGAAGGAACAAGUUCUGGCUCCAGCCAACAAAUUUAAAAAGGGUCAUUGUAACUCUUCAUUGGGUGCCUCCAAUAGUGAUUGGUAUGCUUCCCUUCAUUUCAUUUGUUCAUUCGAAGUGCAAGGUUCCUGGAGCUAGAAUCAUUCAAUUCUUGUAAAAAUAUUACCAAUGUACAAUUAACUUGAUUCUUUCAAAUCAAGUGAUAUAUAGAGGAACAGUACAAAUUCUUACCAUUCAUUUGUCAAACAUAUAACAACACAACAUGUUAGUUCCUCAGAGAAAUAGCCAAAGAGUUAUUCCGAAACACUCAUGAGCCUAAGCCCAGAAAACGAAGAAGAAAACCCAAUCUGUUCCAGAGCUAAGAUGGAGGGAAGUAAUGGGACAUGACCUUCCUGGAACAAAUGACACACUCACAGAAAGAACAUGACUGGGUUUGCAGACUUAUAUCGAGUUGGUUGUGUUGAAAUUGUCUAGAGCAGGAGUCUAGACAAAAAACUCGACCGCAGAAUGAGUUUUGAGCUCCCACAAAUACACUAGUGAUAGUUUGAUCGUGGCAACUCUUGCUGGACACCGAUCCAAAGGUCCAAAGUAAGAGGUACUGGUAUUGUAUCAUUCAUGACCCACUAGGUAUCUGGUACUGAUAUAUGAUUGUUCUUCGGCGAGUCUUGGAAUUUGGUGCCCAAGCAGCUAUUUUGUGGUGAUGAGGAAGCUGGUCUUUUUCUCUUUUGGUGCAUAUUUGUUGUUUUGCUAGCAGGUGAGAGCUCUGUAAAUAUAUGUAACACUUGCUAGUUUCAGAUGUAUGUUUACAAAAUUCAUUAGAAGUUUCAAUAAAACAGUUGAUUCUUGGCA